AUGACCCCUUCAGAGUCUCCCCGGACUGCACCACAGGAGUUCUCAGGGACCGGGGGAACGCCUGCACAUUCGACAGAGGAUCAGGCGCAGGCCUCAGGUUCCGCCGCCUCCUCAGAUGCCUCUUCGUCCGACACGCCGCCGCGAGCCCGGUCCAUAACCGCGUCGCCAGCCAACGGCGAGACGCGUCCUUCAUCCAAGCCUGAUUGUGGUCCGUCUUCAUCGUCUGUAUCGCCUGCUUCUCGCAGAUUCGCGCCCUCCGCCGAGGCUUCAGAGAGCGGUGGCGCGUCUUCCGCUGCAGAGGCGGGCACGGCCGAAGGCGACAGGCGCGGCGGAGGGAACCAAGAAGGGCGAGAAGGGUCGUGGAUGGACGCGAAAGCUCGUUCUCCGGUCAAGAGCGAAGAGGCCGGCCGCACCCGGCUUCCCGAAUCCUCAACUGUAGAGCCGAAGGAGGCUGCGCGCGUGAGUGCGAUGGAGGGAGACGCAGAGGAGUCCUCUCGUGUCGCUGUGGCUGACGCACAGCGACCCGACGCGGCUUCGUCUUCCGUGGCCGCGGAGUCUCACGCGCAGAAUGGUGGUGGCGCGCGCCCUGUAAAAGAGUCGUUGCCUCAUGCAGAACCCACUCCGUCUUCUGAGUCUGUGUCGGCGUCCUCCUCCUCCUCCGGCGCGCCUACCUUGCCAUCGUGCCCUGUUCCGCCGGGGGCAAGUGCCCCGCUGCGGGCUGGCCCCAUCGGGUUUCCCGGCCCGCAGGGUCCCGCCGCAGGGUCGAGUCCCCCGUUGCCCCUGGGGUCGCCGCCGCCGCCGACCAGUCUGUGCCCGAUGCUUGAGUCGUGUCUGCCGCUGAACGCGACCAUCGGCGACAUUGUGUUGCGACUCGUGAAGGAAAUCCUGCAGCCCGUUUUGGCGCGAGACAUCGCGGUAGAUCCGCCGUCUCCGUUCCGCUUCACCUCCAACGGUAUGGCGAAGGGUCUCGAGCUGUCGCCGCUGUCGCUGCCCCCCGGGUACGUCUCCUCGCUGCUUGAAAACUACGCCGAAAUGGGGACAGCGGGCUCCUGCUUCUACUGCGUUUCGGCGCCGUGCGUCUGUGCCGCGUUCGCGCCUCCGCUGCCGGCGCACUCGCACGCGGGGCUCCAGGACCGGGCUGGUCAGGCGGGGCCCGUGCAGGGCGAGGGCCGCCGGAAGCGGUCGCGCGAGAGCGAGGACGCAUCUUCGCUGCAAGAGGGCGACGCGGCAGGGGACAGAAACGGCAACGCGCGGGCCCCGUCGUUCGGGCACAAGGUCCGCGUGGCGCAAGCGAAUGGAGCCGCCGAGCGUGCAGGGCCUGCGCCGGGGGCGUCGCGGGCCUUGGCGCCGAGCCCGCCGCCUUUCCAGGACAACCUCCGCCAGAUGUGUCUCUUUUUCCCCUACUCGAGCGUGCCGCCCCCGAAACUCAUCGACACUCGCUACCUCUGUCUCUUCCUCUCCGCGUCCGCCGAUUCCCCCGGGGGCGGCGGGCCCGGGUGCGGGGCGGCCAGGGGCCUCGGGCCCUUUGCGGGGCUCGGCGUCGACUUUGCAUCAGACGAGCGCGGCGAGGGCGAGAAAGGCACGUCGGACGGCAAGGAGGGCAGCGCGGGCGACAAACCGACGGGCGACGACAGCACGCAUUUCUUCCUCAAAUUUGGAGAGCCAAGAACCAAGACUCAGGGCGACGGAGAAGACCUCGUAAAAGGCUUCCCCGACCACGCGCGAGUUGGAUGGGAGCUCGUGGAAGAGGUUACAGAGAGUCUGGAAGCCAUCUUCAACACCAUCCAGAUGGACACAGUCGAAGACAGACGCGAGGCCCUUACCGUGCCGGACGAAUUCUACGCACAAAACUACUGGGAGUGGCGGCAAUUUCUGCUUGACAAGGCUCCAACUGGCGCCUCGGUGUCGCGGACUUUCGGCCGGAGUCUCUUGCGGUCGCUUCUGCUGGCGACGCCGGGGACGAUUGCGAAGGAUCUGCACCGAACGCCCAUUAGCUUCGCAGCAGGAAUCCUGUUCUUCCGUCUCUGCGAGGAAGUGGGAAUCGAACCCGAGACGCGGCACGUGCUGUGGCGAACUGUUGCUUCUUCUCAGCCUGAAAUGAAGUCUCGGUUGGUGAGCGAGAGCGGACUGGGAUUUUUGCGUCGAGACUUGGGUUCUGCGAAGGAAGAAGAAGCAGGCCUGAUCACGUUUAAGUGCGUGACGAAUGACCGGCAGCCGUUCUCUAGCAGGGCCCUGGUGACGGUGAAAAACAUCUUUUCCCGCCAGCUGCCCAAGAUGCCGAGGGAGUACAUCGUGCGCCUCGUCUUUGACCGCAAUCACUACACCUUUUGUCUCAACAAGGAAGACACGAUCAUCGGCGGAUGCUGCUUCCGGCCGUAUUUCCAGCAGAAAUUCGCCGAAAUCGCUUUUCUCGCGGUGACAUCGACCGAACAGGUCAAGGGCUACGGCACGCGACUGAUGAAUCACCUCAAGGAGCACGUGAAGAAGUCCGGAAUUGAAUAUUUCCUGACGUAUGCAGAUAACUUCGCCGUCGGGUACUUCAGGAAGCAAGGCUUCACGCAGAAGAUCUCGAUGCCGCGCGAGCGCUGGUAUGGCUACAUCAAGGACUACGAAGGAGGGACGCUGAUGGAGUGUCACAUCAAUCCGCGCAUCAAUUAUCUCCGUCUCUCGGAGAUGCUCCACGACCAGCAGCAAGUCAUUAAGCGGGCGACGCUCGCCCUCAAGCCGCUCGUCGUCUACCAGGGCCUGGACUUCUGGAAGAAGAACCCGGGGCAGACGCUGUCACCUUCGCAAAUCCCCGGGCUGCUUCAGUGCGGCUGGCAUCCAGGCGAGGGUGCGCCUCGCGCGGCCACAGACGGGAAGGCGACAGCUGGGCCGGAAGGCGCGGGCUUCGUGGGCUCCAGCGCCGGCGGCGAAGGGGUCAGCGGCGCGGGUCUCGGGCACCAGGGCUACAUGCGCCCGCUGCACGACCAAAUCAUGGACAUUUUGGACGCUUUGGGGAAGCACCACUCGGCCUGGCCGUUCCUGAAGCCCGUCAGCCGCGAGGAGGCUCCGGACUACUACGACGUUAUCCAGCAGCCAACAGAUAUCUCCACGAUGAAGAAAAAGUGCAAGAAGAAGCACUACACGAGCGCGCAGAUGUUCGCGGACGAGGUGCAGUUGAUGUUCAAGAACUGCCGGCAGUAUAACCACCAGCAGACGAUUUACUACAAGUAUGCCAACGAGCUCGAUAAAUUCGUCACUCCCAAAAUCCAAGCCCUCAAGCAGGCCUUCCAGCAGCAGCAGAAACAGCUCGCUGGAGCCGCCCCCCCGGCAAAUCGGAACUCUCGAAACGCCGCUCCGCAGCCGAUGAAGACUCAGAGCCUCCACGGCGAGGAGGCCACGGGGGCACCCAGCAAGCACUUGGCAUUCUAA